CUCACAUUUAAGAGGCCGGAACCCGAGAAUGAACAUUUUCUCUCAAAGUGACUGAACCGAUGACUCGAUUAUCAGAAUAGUUGCCAGGUCGAUUUGUGUGAAGAAAGUCACUGAUCAAUCAACUCGAGCUGUUUUUUUUUUGUUUUCCAGACUGUGACACGGUCACGUGACCUGUCACCAGGUGCUUCAUGCUGAGGCCACGUGGCUGUUAACGGAUGCAGUUUUCACACGCGUCCUCGUGCAUCGUCACCUGUGGACGUUUUGUUUUUUGCCUGAGAGAGGCUGCGGCCCCCGUUGGCCAGUGGGGAUUUUAUUUUGAACGAAGUGGCAGGAAGUGUGUGUCGCGCACGGCGGCUUGACGGCGACGGCGAGGGGAGCCGUGGUGACUGUGCAGAUGGGGGCUUAGAUGACGGAGGACGCGCGGAGACCUCGGGCAGCUGGUUAGGACUCGCCGCCCCCCGUCUCGCAGAAGCGGUCCGGUCUGCGGCCGCGUAAGUCCGGCUCGUCUCCGCGCCCUCGUGGUGCUCUGCAGUUUCUCACUCAGCCGCCGGCUGCGCCAGCUGCGCCGGCUGCACUGCAGGUGCACCAGCUUACCUGAAGUCUGCGUGAACUUCGGCGUCGAGGCGCAGGGGAACCCGCGUGGAUUGGCGUCGCUUCUGACUGCGAACGGCGUAAAAACCGCGUCCAUCCAGUCUCACUCGCUCAAAUUUCAGCCUUGACUGUACCGAUCGUUAUGUCUUCACCCAGAGACAGAAAAGAGACGCGCUGACAAAUCAGGCAGAGGAGGACGCGAACCCCAGGAGAUCUGGUUCGGAAUUUAGGAGAACACCAGCAGUGGAUUUCGCUCCGGUGCGUCCGCCGAUCGGCGCGUCUUUGUCCCGAGCUUUCGAAGUGUGAGCUCCCGGGGUUACCGGAGACAUUUCAAGUCCUCGUUCAAGGACAAAACCGUGGAGACGGGAGGGAAGGAGCCGAAGCGGCCGGAUACCAAACCGGCGGCAUGUGACAUCUGUCUGCAGCCGAAAGACCGGUGUGAGCAGCGGCCACCCGCCGAGGUUUCUCUGAAUCCGGUCUCUCCGCUACUUUGUCCCCGCCACAGCUGAAAUACCCAGGACUACUAAACUCAAUUGGUUGAGCUCCACGGAGUCCGGGCACCGCGAUGGAGAGAGGUCUUCCACCGGCGCGAGAGUCCUCUGCUGCAGAAUAUGACGCCACGGUUUGGGUUCCAGAGUCCGUAGAUGCCGCGCUGGUCGUCUGCCGGAGGAAGUUGUGACCUUGUGUGGGCCCCUCCGCUUGGACCCGCGGCGCCAUGGGAAGUUCCACCUCCUCCCUCGUCGAAGAGGCCGAGGGUGAGGGCGCCCCGGGGUGCGGCCCUGCCCCCGUCCCCCGUCAUGGGGUGUCUGAGGAGCAGCCAGAGCACCUUCAUCCCCCGGCAGCUUCCCCGACCCGGCAGGCACCGAGAGCGCAGUUUCUCUUCUGGUUCGAUGCCCAUGCAGAGGAGCCAGUGGGCCUGCGGCUGCUGUACUUUCCUGAACGCAGCCGGUGCCCCCCGCUGCUCCAUCUGUGAAGCCCCCCGGCGAAGACCCGACAGCCGAUGGAUGUGGCACGGGACCAGCAGGGAGGACGGCGGCUGGUCCUGCCCGCGCUGCACGCUGGCCAACUCCCGCGACCGCCUGGCCUGCUCUCUCUGCGGCUACGCCGGGGUACCGGACCGACCCCGGGACUCGUCCCGGGACCAGCCCCGACCUCAGCGGUCCGGUAUCUGCUCUGGUCCCCCGAGGCCGUCGUCGACCGAGCCGCGCAGGCAGCGAAACAGCUCACCGGCGGAAGAUGCAGAUCAACGCAGCCUGGCUUGGGAUUGUCUGAGGUGCACUCUGCAGAACACCCCUACCUCCAUGUCCUGCUCUGCUUGCGGGGGACCACGCAAACUGUCUCUCCCCCAGAUCCCUGCUGAGGCCUUGCUCAUGCCUGAGGUCUGCAAUCAAACGGGGACACAACUACCAGAACCUGCAGCGAGGGCGCUUUCGCUCUCCAUCUCAACCAGAGGAGAGUGUUUACCGGUGGAGGCCUCAUAUCCCAACACAAACGCCUCAGUGCUCAGUGUUUCGUCCUCAGGUCACAAUAAUCCAGUUCCCUGCAGUCGCAGAGAGGUGCCACCUCCAGAUGUUUUCCUCAGUCAAGCACAUAACGUGAGUCCCUCUCCUUCAACACUCGCGGUGUCGCACCUGUCUGCCCAACCUGAGCUCCCGCCCGGCAGGCGGCUCAGCGUCCUUAAAGAGGAAAGUUCGCCGUCGUCACCUGCCUCGGAUGCGUCGGUGUCGACUCCGGCCUGCGUGGUCUCCGUUAACAGGACAGAGGAGUGGUCGUGUCCGGCAUGCACCCUCAUCAACGAGGUCAAAGCCAAACACUGCCUGGCCUGCCACACCCCUCAGCAGCACGCCGCGCAGCUUAAACCGGCGCUGUCCCCGAAGAGGAAGCAGAGCAAGCCGGUGGAGGUGCUGCGCCAGAGUGACGAAGGAGAGGCCAAGGAGCUGUGGGAGAACAUCGUCCGCUUCUGCAGAGAGGUUCGUCUGCGGCACUGGCCCGGCUCGAACGCAGUGACAUUUGUGGACGACAGUUUCCCCCCUAGUCCAAAGUCUCUGGGUUUCCCGGUGGACGACAACGUCCAACAUCGGGUCAGAAAGUGGCUUCGUCCCCAAGAAAUCAACUGCAGCAACUUCCGAGAGCGCGCGGUAAAGUGGUCUGUGUUCCGCACGCCUCGCCCAUCUGACAUCCUGCAGGGACUUCUGGGUAACUGCUGGUUCCUCAGUGCCUUGGCCGUUCUGGCUGAACGCCCCGAGCUGGUGGAGAAAGUGAUGGUGACCCGCUCGCUGUGCGCCGAGGGAGCCUAUCAGGUGCGUCUCUGCAAGGACGGCCAAUGGACCACGGUGUUGGUGGACGACAUGCUGCCGUGCGACGAGAACGGCCACCUCCUCUUCUCUCAGGCCCAGCGGAAACAGCUGUGGGUGGCUCUGAUAGAAAAAGCUCUGGCCAAGCUCCACGGAUCCUACUUUGCUCUGCAGGCGGGCCGUGCUAUCGAGGGCCUGUCCACGCUGACCGGGGCCCCCUGCGAGUCGCUGGCCCUCCAGGUCAGUGCCACCAACCCCAAGGAAGAACCCAUCGACACAGACCUCAUCUGGGCCAAAUUGCUGAGCUCCAAAGAAGCAGGUUUCCUGAUGGGGGCAUCUUGUGGAGGAGGCAACAUGAAGGUGGAUGACGCAGAGUACGAGUCCCUGGGUUUACGUCCACGACACGCCUACUCUGUCCUCGAUGUGCGGGACGUAGACACUCACAGGUUACUGCAGCUGAGGAACCCCUGGGGUCGGUUCUCCUGGACCGGACCCUGGGCCGACAACUGGCCCCACUGGCCUCCACACGUGAAGAGGGAGCUCUGCGCCCAGCGAGCCGAGGAUGGCCUGUUCUGGAUGGACUUCUGGGAUUUCAUCAGGUACUUUGACUCAGUGGAUAUCUGUAAGAUUCAUUCAGACUGGCAGGAGCUUCGGGUCCCGGGUGUUUUCCCCCGGGGAGCCGACGUUCCGGUGACGGUGGUGUCCGUCACAGUGCUGGAGAGAACGGCUGUGGAACUGGCUUUAUUCCAGCAGGGCAGCAGGCGAUGGGACACAGCUGAGAGCCACCUGCUGGAUCUGUGUGUGUUGGUGUUUCGGGUCGCCUACGACAGCUCCGGGACUCUGGCGUUGGGUCGUCUGGUGGCUCACAGCCGUCGCUCGGUGAGGAGGUUUGUGGGCUGCGACGUCAUGCUGGAGCCGGGCGAAUACGCUGUGCUCUGCUGCGCCUUUAACCACUGGCACAGCACCGCCACAGAGGGGACAAUGAGCUGUGGCAGACCAGAGGCGCCUGGAUACACGCUGGCCGUCUACAGCUCCAGACUUGUGAUGGUGGAGCAGGUGACAGCCUCCAACACCACCGUCGCCGACGCCAUCGUCCAACUGACCGAAACCAAGGGAGAGAGACAUGAGGGUCGGGAGGGGAUGACCUGUUACUACCUGACCCACGGCUGGGCGGGGCUCAUCGUCAUGGUGGAAAACCGACACCCAAGGCACCACCUGCACGUGUCCUGCGACUGCAGCGACAGCUUCAACGUGGUGUCGACCCGCGGCAGCCUCAAAACCAUCGACAGCAUCCCUCCUCUGCACAGACAGGUGCUGGUGGUUUUGUCUCAGCUGGAGGGGAACGCCGGGUUCUCCAUCACACACAGACUCGCUCAUCGUAAGGCCGUCCAGGCUUCUCUGGGGAACUGGAGUCCCUCAAAGGCGACGCACAGUCCUGCUCUGAGUCCAGAGACCGCGGGUCUGCACCAGCCUCGGCCCCUCUGACUCCUGAGUGGGAACUUCCUACACCGCAACCGGGAUCGGGAGAUCUCAUCGCGGAGGCAGCUUCUUUAAAGGAACGGUCCAGCUUCUGGGGACUUGAACCCGUUUGUCUCAUUUGACUUUUUAAUGGAAAACAGGUACAAUUCCCAAAAACGUUAGACUCUAGUUACAUGUAGUGAGCCGACAGAGUUAGGUCACGUGUGGCCGUUUUAGUUCUGCAAACGUUUUCGAGAGCCCGAGCUUCUCUGAGGCAGGAACCGCUUUGAACUGCAGCUCAGAACAAAACCCAGUUUCACGGCGGAGACAGCUAAAGACAGUAGAGAGGGUUGCAUCGCUGUCGGCCGCAGACUGUUUCUUUGGGAGAAAGUCGUCCCCGUGAAAACUGCUCACGUUGUUUCAGCGGGUUAUCCGGGGACCGGCAUCGAUCAUUCAUCCAUUCAUUCGUUAAGAGACGUUCCCACUUUACUUCAACAACAUCGUUGGACGAAAUUCAGGCAUCAGUUCAUGGAUGAAUCUAAAUCAUGAUACGUGUCAGUGCAGGAUUCAAACUCACCGACUGUGUGUCUGAAAACCACUUCUUUGCUUAUACGGAGAAUCGAAUGUUGCAUUUUCCGUUCAGAGUCAUAACUGUGCCACAUGUCAGACUUGAGUAGUGACUGACAGCCCCCAGCUGCUCACUGAAAUGUCCCCCAGUGUUGUGCGGCGGCGGAUGUAUACCGGUCAACGUUUCUGCUGAGCCUGACUGUUACACACCAGUGAAUCGCAGCAGCAUGAACAAGCACGCUGAGCUGUUUUAGCUCAUUUUUUUUGAUUUUUUUGAUUUCUCACCUUCCUCUACACAAAACCGUCCACCAACACUGAAAGUCCAGGCUUAUCAGUUUCCACCUGGCAGACCCGGACCCGGACCUUUUCCUGGUUUCUCGACUCGAGGUUUCACUGGUCAGUAUUUUAAUGACAAGCUGGAUGAGGAAAAUCAAAAACUGUGCGCCAGUCUCGUUUUUAGGCCCGCUGGUUCGCCUGUUCUAGCCGCGAUUUGUAAUUUCUUUCUCUGCUCUUUUUCGUGGAAACGAAAAAAGCCGGUACCGGCCCGGUAGGCCUGCUUCAGUAUUAGCGCCCAGCUUCCUACAGUGACAAGCGGCUGGAGGGCAGUAGGAUCCCCUUAUCAGUCUAGAUUCGUGACACCGAUAGAAGCCUACCACCUGCGGUAACAGGUCCCGUUUGGAGAUGAGAGGACUUCUCUCCGUCUUCAGAGCAGCUCCGCCUCCAACAGGUGUCUGAUCCGCAAACAGAAGCUGCUCAUCCCUUCACAAAGAUCAACGUUUCGAACACACGAUGCACUUUACGCUUCAGAUCACGGGAUGGUCUUCGGGUCCAGACUGUCUUAAUUGCACUGGUGAUAGAUGGAUAGAAGUUAUUAUCUUAGUUAGUUGUGUUUACUCUCCUCAGUAUUAGUGAGUCAUGCUGCAGCUUUAGACCAUGUAGGAUGUUUAAAUGAAGUGAGAUUCUGCAGAGACUCGCUGUGCGGUUGCAUCAGCACUUUAUGAACUUUAAACUAUGCUGGAUUCUCAUGGUGGUUUAUUUUUCAGGAGAUGUUUUAAACUUGCACAAUAGAUACAAAUAUUUUAUGCUCAUGGAGCCAAAACUAGCAUCAUGUUGUUAGAGAGUAAAAACUAUGCAAAUGUUUGAGAGCUGUUACGACGCGUCCUCCAUUAAAUUGUGUAUAGCUCUUUAUCUUUGACCUGUCUGUUAUAUUUGCAGGGUUGAGAUAGAAGUUUAUGAAUUUUGUUGUGAUUAGUGUGUUGUAUUUAUUUAUUUUUAAUAUUCAGGUUUGACCUUCACUGUAUUCUGUAAAUUCAUCCAGUUAAAAUAAGUAAUAUUAAUAAUAAUCAGUAUUAAGUAAGCUUAGAUGUCAUCCUGACACAGAAACUUCUCAGCAGUGUUUCCAAUAUUCUGUCUGCCAACGUUUGUAAAUGUAGCUUUGCAAUACAUUGGAAUAGAUUCACAAGAGGAAAGGUAUUAUCGUUGUUGUUCUUGUUAUGAUUGUAUAGAUAGAAAUAUUUUUGAGGGAAAGGAAAAGGUUUUGUGUGAAUCUGUUGUCCCAAAAUAAAAGCGAAACACUUUCAGCUUGAAAGAACAUCGAUCAAACGUGAAUAUAUUUUUUAUUUUUAAACCUCUGAAGGAGAAACUUCACGAGACAAAAUGGAAUCAAGUUAAAAUAAAUGUUUUUAUUAA